AAUAUAUAUUAGUUUUUUUAUCUUCGCUUUCUCUUAGCUCUCCCAUUAUUGGAGAUGCCCUAAACCGGCUCUUUUAGGCUUAGCACUCGCUCACUAAUCACCCACAGAGAAUCGCAGCAGCACCAUAUUCUCUUGACCUUCAUUAAAAUGGAGGAAUUGCUAACAAAUUAAAGCACCCUUCUCUUGUAUCUCCUCUGCAAAUUUCACUUCUUUGUAAGAUAGCUUUGGUAGUUCUAUCUAUUCAUUGUCAUAAGGGAGUGCACUUUUCACGCAAACCAUUAUGCGGCCUUAUGUGUCCAAUGAUUAUCUAGUUUGAUGGGAGCCCAAUUAAGGAGGGAUUUUUGUAACGCUUUGUGCAAAUGGAUGUCAAUGUCAGUUAAUGUACAAGGUCCAUCAGAGGACGCGUAGACAGGAGCUGAAACACCAGUUUUAUAUUUUAUUUCUGGGAUAAAUGAAUGAGGGGUAUUCAACUGAUGCCAUGAACCAGAGAGAAGGUGAUUAUGUUCCAAUUAGAGAUGCAGAGAACGUCCAACUGGGAAUGUUUGACAAACCUCUUCCUUGCUUUGGCUGUGGAAUUGGAUGGUUUUCCCUUUUGCUUGGAUUUGUGUUCCCACUGAUGUGGUACUUCUCAGCAAUUCUCUACUUUGGGAAGUACUAUAACAAGGAUCCAAGGGAGAGAUCUGGCCUUGCUGCCUGUGCAAUUGCUGCUGUAGUGUUCACAAUAGCUGCGGUGAUCGCUUUACUUGUUUAUUUGUUGUGAUUCUCGCCUCGACAGAUUCAUCUUUGCAGCUGCAGUGUAUGUUUCAAAAAGAUAAGAUGAACUUGAUUCCAAGUGCUCAAGUUGUAAUGGGCCCAGGACCAAGCUAUCUGAAAUCUCUGCACUCUUGUACAUAAUACGAAAAGGCUGUACAAUGAUGGGGGGGAACCCAGCUCAAUUGUUAGAUCCCCCUUUAGUGCAAAUCUGUCUAUGCAUUCUACCUUGUAGGUUUUAGAAAAGGUGACAUUUCCUCGAUGUGUUCCUUAGAUUUUGCUGGAAGCCUGAAGCAUGACGAGCGCAAAACCACAUGCUUGGUCAUUCAAUUUAAGCAAAAUGACUUGAAAUAUGAAAAUUCCCCAUGUUUAUUCCUUGCA